AAGUCAUCAUUUUUUCUUCAUCAACCAAUAGAAUCUUCAAAUGUAUCCAAUUUCAGGGAUUUUUUGAAACCUGAUGACGAAAAACGAAUUGAAAUAAUGAACUUGGUAAAAGAAGGUUAAAUCUGAAAAAAAUCAAACGGUCUUAUCUCAGAGCAACGCGGAAAAGCAUUUAAUCAGGAAGUUCGAUCUUUUUUCCUUGAGAAUGUUGCAUGUAAUUAUUUUACAUAACAGUCAUGUUUACCAUUAGAAGAAGCUUUACGCAGAGCUCAAGAAAUGGGAGUCGCUUUAAACAACCAGAACUUUUCUGCAAAGUCUAAUGAAGUAUAUAACUUUAGUAUCUAUAAAUACAAUAACAGCAACAAUAAAUGCUCUAAAUAUAUUUUACAACUUAAUUUCCAAGAAAACAUUUUGUGUUUAAUAAAACGAGGUGUACGGCAGCGCAGUUACCAACUUGAUUCCAUAAAAAAUAUUGAUACAUCCGAUGAUUCAACGCGAAUAAUUGUUCAGUUCGAGAAUGGUUCAUAUAUAGAAAUAGAGUCUAAGUCAUUAGAAGAAAAAAAUCAGUUAUCCCAUUUACUUUUUUCCAUUCUAAAUCAAGACCACCAUUACUUGCCGAUUUUAAACAGUAUAGUUGCAAAGCGUGAGAGGAUUAUUUUAGAAGGAAUUCUUGAAAAAAAAGGACGUAAUGCUGCAUUUUUAAAAUGGACAAAGCGGUAUGUUAAGGUUUUACCAGGUGAAAUAAUGUAUUUUAAAGUAGGUGAUCAAGAAAAUGAAAGCACUGCUUUAAACAUUAUCUCUUUGACAGUUGGGGAUGUUGUUUUGAAAAGAAACUUUGAUAGUGGGUUUACUUUGCUGGUAAAAGAAAAAGAAUACACAUUUCGAACUAUACCUUUCAAAAACAAUAACGUUGAACUAGAGCGUGACAGUUGGUUAAUGGCCAUUGAGCAUGCGUUAAAUACAGAUUCAAACAAAAAAGAAGAAGAUUUUAUAGAUGGGAUUGAUCAAAAGCAACUCUAUAUUAAUGCAGUUAAUUCAAUAACACUUCAACUAAAGCAAUUCGAAAGCGUUUUAUACUCUAUAGCGCCUUUUCAAGCAUUUGACCAUUUGAAAAAGAUUCAGGACACUGUUUUUUUAUUUAGUGAGCAAAUUAAAUCAAAGCUGUUUUCGAAUCUUGGCAUCUAUAAAGAGUCGAAUAACCAAAUUGAAAAAACCCGUAACAGUUUUCUAAAGAUGAAAAACAUGGGUAAACCUUUGAAUAACCUUGAAUUACCGUCAACGUUACCAACAACUGACCCAUCGUAUGACGAAACUUUAUCUGCAGUGUUAUCACCUUCCAAAGAUCCAAGUUGCAAUAUUCCAACUACUCCACCAUCAAAUUUGAUGCCAAUUUUAGAGCCUAACAAUGAUAAAAACUUGAACAUACCGGUUGCUCCACCAUUCAUAUCAAAUUCUUUAACAAACGCACCAAAUGCAACAAAUUUAAGCAAUCUACUUGUUACACCUUUCACAGUUCCAGCCGCACCUUUGUUUGGGUUAAGUCCAAAAUUACCUGUCAAAUCUAAUGAAGCGCCUACAUGUAAAAUAAAACCAUUAUUUUGGAACAAAUUGCCAGAUUCGCAAAUAAUGAAUUCUUUUUGGAUAAAUUCUCAAAACAAAACACAUUUACUAAAUGUAAAGAAAUUGGAAAACUUGUUUCAUCAGGUUGGUCAAGAAAGUUCAAAAAAAGAGCCAAGUAAAUUGUCAGAUCUAGAUUGCAAAAAUAGUCAAAACGUGGCUUUACUUGACCAACGAAAAGCUCAAAAUUUAGGUAUAUUUUUAAGCGGUUUUAAGAUAAACGAAACAAAUAUUGAAGAAAAACUAAUGAUGCAUAACACAAGCGAAGGGUUAACAAACGAAGAAAUAGUUGCAUUAAAAAGAUUUCAUCCAACUGUGGAUGAAAUUGAAAUGUAUAAAAAGUAUCAGGGUGAUAGCAAAAAGUUAACGGACAUUGAUAAGUUUAUGAUAAAGUUGUGCAAUAUUCCAAAUCUAGCAAAACGAUUGGAUCUUUUAUUGACAAUGUGUGACUUACCUGACGAAAUAAAAAGUAUCAAAAUACCUUUAAAACAUCUUACGAAUGCGUGUUUAUGUCUUCUUGAAAACAACCAAUUCACACAGUUACUUGAAUAUAUUUUAGUACUUGGGAAUUACAUGAACGGCGGUACACCUCGUGGAGCUGCCUAUGGGUUUAAGUUGUCUGUUCUUACUAAACUUGUAGAUAUUAAAAGUUAUGAUAAAAAACAUACAUUAUUAGAUUUUAUUGUUGAGGAACUAUGGAAUAUUGACAAAGAUGCCAUUUAUUGCUACAAAGGUAUGCAGACAUUAACAACUCCAAUAGAUUUCUCUUUAAAAAAUUUGAUGACAGAGUUUCAAAUUAUGCAAAAAGAACUGCUAUCUCUUAAAGAAAAAUCUAAAGGUAUAGAAGCAGAUCUUGGAGAAAAAUUAUGCAAAAACAUCAAUGAGUUUUAUGUGAGUUAUUCUGCAAAGCUUUCAAAAAUAGAAGUCAUAUUUAAAAACGUACAAAAUCUUUAUAUUUUGUUAAUAAAUAAAUUUGGAGAGUCUUCUUCACUUGAUGUUGAAAGUUGGUUAAGUGAGACUGGAUGCUUUAUAAAACAUUUGCAAAUUGCUGUUGAAAAUGUUGAAAGAAAGUAUAAGGAAAAUAACUUGCAUUCCUUGAUAAAGCACUCAACCAGCUUAUUAAAUGAAACAAAACCGUUUAACACUUCAUUAAAUGGAGAACAAUCAAAAAGAGUUGACCAGAGUGGAAAUACUCAAACUGAUCUUAAUAAUACGGUAAAUCAAAACAAAGGCACAAAUAUUUACGAGCAACAUUCAUUAAAACAAUAUUCUAAAGAAAUUGAACAAUCUAACGAAAAAUUUGUUUUAUCUGGGUUUUUAGAAAAGCUCAGUGGAGGUAAGAAACGAACUGCAAAAUGGGAUUUGAGAUAUUUUGAAUUAACAGAAAACGGGUAUUUACAAUACUUUAAAAAAAAAGGAGGAACUAUAACAGGCAACAUUUAUUUAAAAGGUUGUCCAAUAUCUCUCGAUCCAAAAGAUAACUGCAUAAUUAAUAUUUUACAGAAUGACCGCGAGUGGAAACUUAGAGGUGACAAAGAUGUUGUUAUAUCUAAAUGGCUUAAAUUGCUUUUACAUCAUGCCAAAAAAAAAUGAGAUUUAAAUGAAAACAGUAUACAAAAGUUAAAGAGACAACUAAUAGUCGAAAUCACAUUACUAAUACAAAAAUAAAAAAUAAAAACUUUAUAUUAAAAAUUGAAUAAAACUAGUUUUUAUAACCUUGAUACUUUUUGACCAAAAACCGGUUGAUCUUUUGACCAUUUACCGGUUGAUAAACUCACGCAUUUAUUAUAGUUUGAUCCAAAUUUUUAAAAUAGUUUUUAUUCUUCAUAUGUUUUUGUUGAUUUUCAUUCUAAACCCAUUUGAAAGCUUAGUUAAAAAAUAACAUUUAGAAUAUUUACAAGUAAAAAAUAAAUAAAAUUUGAAUUCUAUUUCAAGUUUAUUGUAACUUAUAGAAUUGGUGUUUUAUUGUACAUUUUAUUUCUGCUACUGCAUAAAACAUCUUUAGCAACUUUUUGUGUGAGACUGCCUAUUUUUACAGCUACCUUAUAAUAAUUAUUUUUUGGCUUAAAAUAAUUGUUUUGCAUAAUUUGUUGUGGCAUAUUCAUUAAGGUGAUUAUUUUAAGUGAUUAUUUUUAUACCAGAAUGUGACUGUCCAAGUGCAUGCAUUCUAUAUACUUUUCUACAAUUAAUGUCGUAUCCUCUGUUAUAUUCUUUUGAUGUUUAAAAUUCAUUUUAUUAUUUGUAAUUACCGUACUUGAUAAGCAACUUUGAUGCA